CUUCCCCAAAUCUCAAAAACUAGUUUAGUUUCAUUUCAAUUUCAAUUCAUCAUUUCACAGAUCGUAGCUUGGUUUAUCAGAAGAGAAAGGGUUUGAAAAAUGGGAGCAGAUGAAGUACAACUCGACGACAAAGCAAAGAGAAUGAGAGAUCUGCUUUCCAGUUUCUACUCUCCAGACCCUUCCAUUUCUUCCACCGGAAUCACUUCUGCCAAAUUCGCCUCUCUCGAUGACAUUAACUCUUCCCAAUUCGAUCCCGAUCAAUACAUGAAUAUCUUGGUACAUAAGUCCAAUAUGGAAGGUUUACUUCAACGACAUGUUGAAAUGGCAGCUGAAAUUAAGAAUCUUGAUACUGAUUUGCAAAUGCUUGUGUAUGAGAAUUAUAACAAGUUCAUUAGUGCUACAGAUACUAUAAAGAGGAUGAAAAGUAAUAUUUCAGGGAUGGAGAUUAAUAUGGAACAGCUUCUUGACAAGAUAAUGUCUGUGCAGUCGAGGAGUGACAAUGUGAACACUUCUCUAUUUGAUAAAAGGGAGCAUAUUGAGAAACUUCAUAGGACUUGUAAUCUUCUUCGGAAAGUUCAGUUUAUAUAUGAUCUUCCUGAUAGACUUGGCAAGUGCAUAAAGUCAGAGGCGUAUGCAGAUGCAGUCAGGUUUUACAUUGGAGCAAUGCCAAUUUUUAAGGCAUAUGGAGAUUCAUCAUUCCAGGACUGUAAGAAAGCAUCUGAAGAGGCAAUAACUAAUGUAAUAAAAAACUUGCAGGGAAAGCUAUUCUCAGAUUCUGAAUUAAUACAAGUGAGAGCGGAGUCUGCAGUGCUCCUUAAGCAGUUGGAUUUUCCGGUGAACAAUUUGAAGGCAAAGUUACUUGAGAAAUUAGAACAAUCCAUUACAGACAUUCGGCUGAGCCCUGAGGAAAUAAACAAUGGUUCAGGAGACCUUUCUCCUUCAGCAUCUGCUCACAAGGCAGCAACUCAUGAAUUUAUGGAGGCAGUUCGUGCUCUUCUAGUAAUAUUUCCGGAUUCAGAAAAGCAGUUGGUCAAACUUUCUCAAGAUUUGGUUACUAAGAGUUUUGCAAUUGCGGAGGAGUAUGUGAAGACACGGAUUCAGCCAGCAGAUUUACUGGGUGUUCUUGGGGUUGUCUGGAAUGAUGUACUUCUUAUAGAUGAAGUCUUACCAGAAGCAGCUCUCUCUAACCAUUCUCUUCAGGCUGCAAAUGUUGUUGUCAAGUUGUAUGUUAGAAGUGCAUUUUCUCAUCUUCUGCAAGACAUCUCUGAUUCCUUCUUACAAGUCCUGAAAAAGGACGGAGCAGCGCAAUACUCUCUUGAAGCUGUUCUUGGAGCUAGUACAAAAGCAGUUCUUCAAGGAGGCAUGAACGUCUUGCUGGACUUCCGCAAAAUUUUAGAUGAUGAUUCUGAGAUCUUAGUUAGACUAAGAGAGUUAUUUGUUGAUUUGGUUCAAGAAGGAUUUCAAGACUUUUUUAGGCAACUUGAAGAUCAGUUCCUCCUAUUUUCAGGAAGAAAUAGUUCUUCAGCUAUUCAAGUACAUGGGUUGGCAGAGGGACCUAUUGUUGAAAAAGCUUUUCCUGGCCUUGUCCUAGUGCUAGCACAAUUGUCUGCUUUUAUUGAACAAACUGUCAUCCCAAAAAUCACUGAGGAAAUAGCUGCUUCCUUUUCUGGUGGUAGUGUUAAAGGCUAUGAAUCUAGACCUGCAUUUGUUCCUGGAGAAAUUUGUAGAAAAUUCCGGUCAGCUGGUGAAAAAUUCCUGCACCUGUAUAUAAAUAUGAGAACCCAGAGGAUUUCACUUAUCCUGAAGAAGAGGUUUACAACACCUAAUUGGGUUAAGCAUAAGGAGCCAAGAGAAGUGCACAUGUUUGUUGAUUUUUUUCUUCAAGAGCUUGAAGUUAUAGGUAACGAAGUGAAGCAGAUUUUACCUCAAGGUAUACGUAAGCACCGCAGGACGGAUAGUAAUGGAAGUAGUGUUUCAUCAAGGAGCAACCCCUUGCGGGAGGAGAAAUUGGGUAGGUCAAAUACUCAAAGGGCAAGGAGCCAGCUUCUGGAAACACAUCUAGCAAAACUGUUUAAGCAAAAAGUUGAAAUUUUCACAAAAAUAGAAUAUACACAGGAGUCUGUUCUUACUACUAUAGUGAAAUUCUGCUUGAAAAGUGUUCAAGAAUUUGUCCGUCUCCAAACUUUUAACAGGAGUGGAUUCCAACAAAUUCAACUGGAUGUCCAAUUCCUAAGGAACCCUUUAAGGGAAAUAGUUGAAGAUGAAGCUGCAGUCGACUUCUUGUUGGACGAGGUGAUUGUUGCGACUGCAGAGCGGUGUCUUGAUCCAAUUCCAUUGGAGCCUCCCAUACUGGACAAACUUGUACAAGUAAAGUUGGCUAAAACCAAGGAACAAAACACAACAAUCUCUUCAUAACCAUUUUUUCCGACCGAAGACUAUGAUCAUGUCGACCUUUCCUCCCUGCUGAUAUACAUAUAUACACGUUCAAUGUUGAGAAUAUAAACAAGUUCUAAGAGAAGGAUGCAUUUGUUGUAUUUGUCAUCUCUUGUAGAAUUAGCGAUGAUUUGGAUUGUUAACUUGGAUUUCUUUUCUGUUCGAUUUGUAAAUCUCUUGUAACUUGUAACAUAUUUCACUUUUUAAAAUAAUAAUUUCUUUAAAUAGAAUGUUUACAUCCUUCCAGAGA